AAUUUAUUUGUACAGUAUAUCUGGAUUUUUCAACUUUGAAACAGUAGCAGAGAUAGGAGGAAAGGAAGUAAUCAAGGGCACAUGGUGGUGUGCUGUUUCACAAGAUGAAGCCUCCAAAUAAAAGUCAUAUUUGACAUUAUAGAAACUAUGGAGACACCUAGUUGAUUUAUUGAGAUGUAUACGGUAAUAAAAAUUGAAGAAGAGUUGUCUCCCGUUUGGUAUUCUCCAGUUCACCUGUAAAAUUUCUGUGUAAGAUGUUGAUGAAUGUUUGUUGAUAAAUUAUUAAUUGUCACAUGACACAGACUAAUGUAUUUUAUGUACUAUAAUCUCUACAAUGUUACAAGUACAAUCGACUAUCUAUCUCCUGUUAAUAUGUGUAGUUGUAUCACAGGCCAGUUUUGAAGAUUUAAGAUGUAAGUGUGUAUGUCCAAGAGUAACAGAUAAAAAUAGUACAAAACCAAACCAAGCUAUUUAUAUCAGUGAUAAUUUUGAUCCAAGUCUAUGUACAUGUGAUAAUGUAGUCAGACCACAGAAUCCACAGGAACUAUGUCCUAGAUGUGAAUGUAAAUAUGAAAGCAGAAACACAUCAACUAUAAAGGUUGUAGUAAUAUUUAUAAUAUGUGUGGUAUCUCUAUUAUUUGUCUACAUGUUGUUCCUACUAUGUCUGGAUCCACUGAUAGCUCAUCGACCAACUCGUUACAUAGAACAUGCAGAUGAGGAGGUGAACUUGGAUGACCCGACUUCAUCUCAUAUGGCACAUGUCAAUCCAUCAUUAGCUCGUCAACGUUCUAUUAUCAACAGAGUUACUAAUGAACAAAAAAAAUGGAAAGGAACAGUUCAAGAACAAAGGAGAAAUAUUUAUGAUAGACAUGCAAUGUUAAAUUGAUCAAUAUUUCAAAAUGUUAUAGUGUACAUGCACCUCCGUUUAAAGGUAUUUACAUUGGGGAAUGCAAUUGUCUCUGCGAGUGUAUUUUGAAUAUGAAAUUGGUGAGUGCUUAUAAUCAUCAAAGAUUUUUUUUAAAAAAAAUGACUAAGUAUGCUUAGAGCAAAAUACUUUAAGUCUUUAAUUAUCUACUUGAAAAGUAUGACACAAUUUGUAUUUUAGUGACACCGAUGUUCAAUAUAUUGAAAAGCACAAUAAACCAGAUCAUUCACAGGUCACAAAAUCCCCAAAUAUUUACUGUUUUCAUGUAGAGAAUGUUAUUAGUAGUUCAACAUGUUCGAGUAUCAAGAAAAAAAAAUGUUAUUAAUAAUUUGCUGGUUCGAAAAGUUUGCAGAAUUAUUAUUACACAUAAAUAUUUCAGUCUGAAAUGAGUAGAAACCAAUGCAAUCUUGACUCCGUCAACAUUUCUGGAACGAAGUAUGUUUUUUUAAUAAAAUUACUUUUAAUGGUGUUUGGUCUUAAACCCCAUAUUUAACCUUUUUUUCUGACAUGUUGGGCCUUUAAUUUCAAACUGUGUCCUCUUAAGAAAAAAAGACUUUUUGUAGGCUACUUUUCUUUAGUUAUCAGAAGUGAAUAAUAACACUUUUUAAUCAAGUCCACCAAACUUAUUCGCUGAUUUAAGCGGACAUGUAAACUCUUAAACUUGUACAUACUUUCAGAGACCGUACCUAGGUGAAAUUUCUUUAUAUUUCAUUUGGUGUUCCAGUUCCAAUUUCUUAUGAUAGUUUAUUUGAUGAUAUUAUUUGUAUAUAUUAGAAUAAUGAAUAUAAUUUUAAACUAUGAUUCGGUUAUUGUACAUAUCUCAUUUAUCAUUCAAUAUAUCAAAAUAAAUAAUAAUAUUUCAUGUUUUGUAUAUUGUGAAUUAUAUAUUUAUUGUUAGUUAUUAUAUAGAUAUUAAAAUACUUGAUAUAACUGUA